AUGCCACUCGAUCAUAUCGGCAAGCCUGCCAACGGAGGCAGUGACCCACUCGCCAAUUAUAAUGAUGGAAGAAAAGCCGUGCAGGGAGCUGGCUCGCCCUUGAAGAAAAGAUUCCCAUCGUACCCUGGUCUUGAUCGUUUUGAACUUUUGGAUUUAUUGGGUACAGGAGCAUUUAGCAAUGUCUAUCGAGCCUCCGACCGCGAGAACAAGAACGCCAAAGUCGCAGUCAAGGUCCUGAGGAAGUUUGAAAUGAACGAACAACAGGAAACGUCAAAAAAAGAGAUCGAAAUUAUGCGACAAUUGAGACACCCCAACGUAUCCGAGCUUAUCGACUGCGUCGAGACACAUCAGUAUUGCCACAUUAUAAUGAAGCUCAGUUCCGGCGGAGAGCUGUUUAAUCAGCUGGUCAAACUUACUUAUUUGAGUGAGGAUUUGGCCAGACAUGUCAUUAAGCAAGUUGCAGAGGCGGUUCUGUAUCUCCAUCAAACGCUUGGCGUUGUUCACCGGUUCGUUUCACUUCAUCGCCAUCCCGAAUAUUGGACAUAUGGACCAAAGCUAACCGCCAUUGCAGAGACAUCAAACCAGAAAAUAUUUUUUUUCGAGUCAAUACCGAUGAAGCCGAGCAAGACUCCGAAGCCAACACUUCCUGGAGAAGAAGACAAACUUGACGAAGGAGAUUUCAUCCCCGGCGUGGGCGGAGGAGGAAUCGGGUCUGUCGUUCUAGGAGAUUUCGGGUUGUCUAAAAUUAUUGCUGGCGUUCCGACUGCAACACCGUGUGGUACAAUGUCAUAUGCCGCACCUGAAAUAGUGCGCGAUGAGAAGUAUACCACCGAGGUGGAUAUGUGGGCAAUUGGCUGCGUGUUAUACACUCUUUUGGCCGGGUACCCACCCUUCUACGACCCCGACACAAAGGUCUUGAUGAAAAAGGUUGCAAAGGGGCAGUACACUUUUGAUUCGCCCUGGUGGAACGACAUAUCCAAUGACGCCAAAGACAUUGUUUCAAGACUUUUAACCGUGAACGCGGAGGAGAGGUUGAACAUUAAAGAAUUCCUUGCCCACCCCUGGAUCACGCAACCUGGCAAGACAGAAAAUUCCAAGGAGGCCAAGAGUACAUCUCAAAAGGCCCAUGAUCCGAAUGGUGAUACGAAAACCGCCAAAACCCCAGAGUUACCGGCCACAGAAGCUAUACGUGAAUCGCGCGUGGAAGCACGAACACCUGGUUUCAUGAACGUUCGAGAGCUGUUCGACGUUGUGUUCUCAGCACACCGAAAUGGAGACAACGAAAGACGACAAGAGUCCCCCGAGGCAAAUUUCGUCGCGGCCACUGAAAAGAGAGAGUCAAGCGAUGAGAGUAUCCAUGAUAAGCUUGUUAUUGAAAACAGCACGCUGCUCCAGAAGCGAGACGCGAGGAAAAAGGAGUCAAGGCCCGACUCACGAAUUACGAAUGUAUGA